AUGAGCAAGUUCGGAGCUAUGGUCAUGGGCCCUGCGGGCGCGGGCAAGUCUACCUUUUGCGCCGCCCUCAUCACACAUCUCAACCUCAACCGCCGAUCCGCCUUUUACAUCAACCUCGACCCUGCCGCUGAAACCUUUGAGCACCAGCCCGACCUCGAUAUCAAGGAACUUAUCUCUCUCAAAGAUGCUAUGGAAGAGGUUGGCCUCGGCCCCAAUGGUGGCCUUAUUUAUUGCUUUGAAUUCCUUAUGGAAAACCUCGACUGGUUGACAGAAGCUCUGGAUGGUUUAACCGAGGACUAUCUCAUCAUUUUUGACAUGCCUGGCCAGAUAGAGCUGUAUACGCACGUUCCCAUUCUGCCCGCCCUGGUCAAGUUCCUCUCCCAGCCAGGUUCCCUCGAUAUCCGCAUGGCCGCUGUCUAUCUCCUCGAAGCCACGUUCGUCGUUGAUCGCGCCAAGUUUUUCUCAGGUACUCUCAGUGCUAUGAGUGCUAUGCUCAUGCUUGAGGUGCCGCACAUCAACAUUCUCUCCAAGAUGGAUCUUGUUAAGGGGCAGGUCAAGAAGAAGGACCUCAAACGCUUCCUCACCCCCGAUGUAGGUCUCCUCGACGAUGACCCUAUGGAGCGCGCGCGUCGCAUUACGGAGGGUCCUGAGGCCGAGGACGACGAAUCGAAGGCUCCCGAUGAGAAGGAACAGGUGAUGAAGGGUGCUAGUUUCCGACGACUUAACCGCGCUGUGGCUGGCUUGAUCGAGAGCUUCAGCAUGAUCAACUACCUCAAGCUGGACGUGACCAAUGAGGACAGCGUCGGUGCUAUCCUGAGCUACAUUGACGACUGCAUACAAUUUCACGAGGCCCAGGAUCCUAAAGAACCACAUGACGAGGAAUACGAAGAGCAUGACGAUUAG